UGGGGAUGUUUGGACCUUGUCCCACAACGGUCCGUUCGAGCCCUGACGGGCAUAACGAAUGUUUGCUUUAAGGAGCUUUCAGCGACUUCGCAGCAUGGGAUCCAACGACUCGCUGCCAUACAUUUGACUCACUGUCCGCAUAUGUGAGCAUGGCCGGCGCAUGUAACUUGCCACGAAGAUGCUACCGGAUGCUGGCGCCGGUGCCGGUAAAGCAGUCCCGGGCAUACUCGCAGCCGAUCAGGCCUGACAAGCAGUUUUAUUCCUUUGCGAACCUUAUCAACGGCCGUCUCAGGCAUUGUGCACCGUUUCAGCAAGCCAUCAACCCGUCUACCAAAGAGGCGCUCUGGGAUGUCCCGAUCGCAACCGAAAGCGACCUGAACGCCGCGACUGCAGCGGCUACCGAGGUAUUCCGGACAUGGUCACGCACUCCCUGGGCGAGACGUCAAGAUGGAUUGAAGAAGGCAAAGAGUAUCCUCGACUCCGCAAAGCAGGAUUUUGCCGCACUGUUGAGCUGGGAGGGUGGCAAGCCGAUCCAAUUUGCAGCGCUUGAGGUGGAACAGGCCCUUGCUAUUCUUGACUUUCACGCAACCCACGAGCCGCUUGAGGAUCGAUUGAUCCAAGAUGACGACGAACUCCGCCUGACGCUGCGGUACGCGCCAAUGGGCACUGUGGCUGCCAUAUGCCCGUGGAAUUUCCCUUUGGCCCUUGCCAUGUCCAAAGUUUGUGCCGCGCUACUGACGGGGAAUUGUGUGAUUGUCAAGCCUUCGCCCUUCACUCCUUAUAGUGUGCUCAAGUUCGCCGAGCUUGUCAAGGACCUCUUCCCUCCCGGCGUGUUGCAGACCUUGAAUGGAGAUGAAAAGCUGGGUCCUCUCAUGUGCUCGCAUCCCGACAUUCAAAAGAUCAGUUUCACCGGAUCUAUCGCAACAGGGAAACGAAUCGUGGCGUCCACGGCGUCCACGCUGAAGCGCGUGACGCUGGAGCUCGGGGGAAACAGUGCGAGCAUCGUGUGUCCAGACGUCGAUCCAGCGGUCGUGGCUCCUCAAAUCGCGAUGGGCGCCUUUUUCAAUUCCGGCCAACUGUGUGUCGCGAGCAAGAGGAUCUACGUGCACAACGACAUAUACGACGAGUUUCUGGAGGCCAUGGUCGGCACAGUUCGCAGCUGGGUCGUUGGAGAGACCUCGGACCUCCAGCCGGGAACCAUGCUUGGUCCUGUACAAAAUGAAAAUCAAUACAACGUUGUUCGAGGGUUUUUCAAGGAUGCCGAGGACAACGGAUACAAAUUUGCCCUUGGCUCCCCGAUCGACGCCGACGCUUCUGCUCGAUCGAAAAGCUUCCUCAUCCGGCCUGCCAUCAUUGACAACCCGCCGGACGAGUCAAUGAUUGUUAGAGGGGAACCCUUUGGACCCAUCGUGCCCGUCCUCAGGUGGGACGACGAAGAAGAGAUCAUCAAAAGGGCCAACGAUACCAACACCGGUCUCGGAGGCGCGGUUUGGUCGGCCGAUGUUGAUCGUGCGCAUGCCAUCGCGGAGCGGAUCGAAGCUGGCACGGUUUGGAUCAACGGGUACGAAAGACCCCUGGCUCAGGCGUACUGUGCGGGUCAAAAAGAAAGUGGACUUGGAGGAGAAUUGGGGACGGAAGGACUGCGAGGCUUUUGUAACGCGCAAACCGUUCAUUACUACAAGACUCCAGUGGCUGGCCGGCGGACCUGA